UCCUACAAAAACGAAAUUAUAAAUACAAGCACACAGCGAUUAAAUUAGCGAAGUGAACAGAGUAGACUGCGCAGAUUCAGAUUGCGACUCUUCAAUGGAGUGAAAGAGCUUUAGCUGAGUUUAGCCGCCGGCGAUUCGUAGAUAUUCUUCGUCCCUGCUCAUUUCUGAUUCUUCGAGAACAUCGAAAUCCAUGGCGUUUUGGUGGCCGCUCCUCGUCAUCGCCUUCGCAUUCGCGAUCUGCCGAUUCCUCCUUAUGCUCAUUCCCCCUAACGUUCCUUCUAUCGACGUCGACGCCUCCGAUGUGUUGGAUGAUGGGAAUCAUACGAAGGAGCAUGGCUUCAUAUAUAUACCUUCAAGAAGACAAACAGACAAAGUCCAGUGCUAUGAGCCAGCAACAAUGAAAUACCUAGGGUUCAUUCCAGCACUCAAGCCUGAUGAGGUUAAGGAACGUGUAGCAGAGGCAAGGAAGGCUCAAAAGAUAUGGGCAAAGAGUAGCUUCAAGCAAAGACGACAGUUUCUGCGUAUACUGCUGAAGUAUAUAAUUGAACAUCAAGAGCUUAUAUGCAAAAUUUCCUCACGUGAUACUGGAAAGACAAUGGUUGACGCUUCUUUGGGAGAAAUAAUGACAACUUGUGAAAAAAUCAUUUGGCUUCUUUCAGAGGGUGAAAAAUGGUUAAAGCCUGAGUACCGUUCAACUGGAAGAUCAAUGCUUCACAAGAUAGCCAAAGUGGAAUUCCACCCCCUUGGUGUUAUUGGUGCAAUUGUUUCAUGGAAUUAUCCAUUUCACAAUAUAUUCAAUCCAAUGUUGGCUGCAGUCUUCUCAGGGAACAGCAUUGUGAUUAAGGUCUCUGAACAUGCUAGUUGGUCUGGAUGCUUCUAUUUACGAAUAAUUCAAACAGCUCUUGCUGCAGUUGGAGCUCCUGAGAACUUGGUUGAAAUAACAACAGGCUUUGCUGAAACUGGAGAAGCACUAGUGUCUUCUGUCGACAAAGUAAUAUUUGUUGGAUCACCAGGUGUGGGCAGAUCGAUUAUGAGGAAUGCAUCAGAUAGACUAAUACCAGUUACAUUGGAGCUUGGUGGAAAAGAUGCAUUCAUUGUCUGUGAAGAUGUAGAUGUGCCUCAUGUUGCACAAGUGGCUGCUAGGGGAGCUUUACAAUCAAGUGGGCAGAACUGUGCUGGGGCAGAACGUUUUUACGUACACAAGGAUAUAUAUUCCUCUUUUGUUGCUGAAGUUGUUAAAAUUGUCAAAUCUGUUACUGCUGGUCCUCCUCUGGUUGGAAAGUAUGACAUGGGAGCAAUAUGCAUGCAAGAGCAUUCUGAAAAGCUUCAAAAUCUAGUUAAUGAUGCCCUAGACAAAGGAGCUGAAAUUGUUGGUAGAGGAAGUGUCGGAAAUAUUGGUGAAGGUGCUGUUGAUCAGUACUUCCCUCCGACUGUGAUUGUUAAUGUAAACCACACCAUGAAACUGAUGCAGGAGGAGGCUUUUGGACCAAUCUUGCCAAUAAUGAAAUUCAGCUCUGAUGAAGAAGCUAUUAAGCUUGCAAAUGAUUCAAAAUAUGGGCUUGGUUGUGCAGUGUUUUCGGGAAGCCAGCUUCGUGCUAGACAAAUAGCAUCACAGAUACAUUGUGGAAUGGCUGCUAUCAAUGACUUUGCUUCAACUUACAUGUGUCAGUCAUUACCAUUUGGAGGUGCAAAAGAGAGUGGGUUUGGGAGAUUUGCUGGUAUUGAAGGGUUGCGAGCUUGCUGCCUGGUGAAAUCAGUGGUGGAAGAUCGAUGGUGGCCUUUGAUCAAAACUAAGAUACCGAAACCUAUACAGUAUCCUGUGGCAGAGAACGGCUUUGAGUUUCAAGAGUCCCUCGUUGAGGCUCUCUACAGCUUAAACAUUUGGGAUCGGUUAAGGGCACUAGUGAAUGUUUUGAAGUUUAUUACAGAACAGAACUCUUCAACAAGCAUCAAAAGAAGAAAUGACUGAGACCCAGCAACCACUUGAAGCUAAGAAUUGGUGUCCUGGACCUACUUCUCUGAAUUCUGUAACUAGAAUUUUCAUCAUCCAAGGUUUUAACUCAUGUUGGAUUGUAGAGAACCAUCCUAAUACACUGUUUCUACGCAUUUUUCUGAUUGAGAAGUCCUCUUUCUGCUUUA